AUGGACUUGCUUCUUGAACGUGGAGCCAACAUUGAAGCUAGAACCUGGGGUGCUUGUGGUUGGACUCCUCUCCACUCUGCAUCUAAAGAACGGAAGAGAGAAGCCGUGAAGUGUCUUGUGGAAAAUGGCGCUUUCUUGCCGGAUGAUAUAAUAGAUUCAACCCGCCGGUUCAGUAUUGUCACGGCUUGGAAUGGGCUUAUGAGGAGAUGA